AUGAUUCCAACAAACAUUUGUUCUGUCAAGUACAAUCCUGGAUCCAGCGUUCAUGUGGCGGUCGGUUCCGCCGAUCAUCACAUUCACUAUUAUGACUUGAGAAAUAUCAGCCAACCCCUGUAUGUAUUUGGUGGACACAAGAAAGCUGUUUCAUAUGUGAAAUUUUUGUCCAACAAUGAAUUGGCUUCUGCAUCUACUGACAGCACUCUGCGCUUAUGGGAUGUAAAAGAAAAUUUGCCUUUGCGCACGUUUAAAGGUCACAUGCACCAACGAGAAGAAUUUCGUGGGUCUUACGGUAAAUAACGAGUACAUUGGCUGCGGCAGCGAAACGAAUGAUGUAUUUGUUUAUCACAAGGUUAUAUCUAACCCUGCAGCUUGGCAUCGAUUUGGUUCCGAAGUGGCUGAUGCCGAUGAGGAUGUUGGAUCU